ACGACCCGGACAUGUUACCGCAGAUCUCCACAACACGCGGAUGGGUCUCUCUUCAGCACUACCGCGGAGUGAAGUUUUGUACAGAUUAUUGAAGAGUACAUUUUGUACAGUGUCCCCGCAGCGACCUAAACCCGACUCCAAAACAUGUUAUCUGCAGUGGAGAACCCGAAUAAGUUGCAGCACGACAGAGUAGCUUAAACGUUACCCUGAAAUGGACGAAGAGCCCUCUAUUUCACGCUGGGAGCUAAAGUAGAGGUGGGCAGGAUGGGGGAGCGGGCGGUCAGCGGCUCUGUGGCUGCCAUCUCUCCGGUGCAGCAGAUGCUGGCUUCUGGCACUGGAGCCCUCCUCACAUCUAUUUUUGUCACACCGCUGGACGUUGUGAAGAUCAGGCUGCAGGCUCAGCAAACACCAUUCCACCAAGCUUUAGCCCGUCAAUCUUCUUCAUGGGGGGGCAUCAUUCGCACAUCCAAGUGGAAAUGCUUCAUGUAUUGUAACGGGCUGAUGGAUCACGUCUAUGUGUGUCAGACUGGAACCAGUUGCACCAGCUGGUACAAAACACCAACACAUUUCAGUGGGACGCUUGAUGCCUUUGUGAAAAUAACUCGGCACGAAGGUUUCAGAUCUUUGUGGAGUGGACUGCCACCAACACUGGUGAUGGCUGUCCCUGCCACGGUCAUCUACUUCACCUGCUACGACCAGCUGCGGGACUUCCUGAGAUACAGCCUGGGUUUCCAGGGCAGCCACAUCCCUCUUGUUGCUGGGGGUCUGGCCAGAUUGGGGGCUGUGACGGUGAUCAGCCCUCUGGAGCUGGUCAGGACCAAGAUGCAGUCCCGCCAGCUGUCCUACAGCGAGCUGCGGGUGUGUAUCCGCUCGGCUGUGGCUCAGGGCGGGCUGCUGUCCCUGUGGAAGGGCUGGGGACCCACCGUGCUCAGAGACGUACCCUUCUCUGCUUUGUACUGGUUUAACUAUGAGCUGAUGAAGGCUCGGCUGUGUGAACAGUCCCGGAUGAAUCAGGCCAACUUCUCCAUCAGCUUCACUGCAGGAGCCGUCUCUGGAGCUAUCGCUGCGAUCCUGACGCUGCCUUUUGACGUGGUGAAGACACGGAGACAGAUCCAGCUGGGAGAAAUAGACGCUCUGGGAGUUGCCUCAAAGAGAACAACGUCCACAUGGCACAUAAUGAAGUCAAUAUGGGCUGAGAUGGGCUACAGGGGCCUUUUUGCAGGUUUCAUGCCCAGGGUGAUCAAGGUGGCCCCGGCCUGUGCCGUCAUGAUAAGCUCCUAUGAGUUUGGGAAGACUUUCUUCCAAAAAAUGAACCUGGAUCGAGAGCGACUGGGAUCCUGAAGGCUCCGUGUGCUGCUGGGUGAUUGUUCACAGCUCGACGUGGAGACGGUUCCAUAAAGACAGUCGGGACAAAGUCUCUGACGGACCUGGAUUUGGUUUUGUUCGAACAUAAAUGAAGAGGAUUCACCCACAAAUCAAGGAUGUCUCUCUCUCUCUGGAAAUGUGAAAAGACUUUACUAAAACUUGACACACACUUCACAUCCAUGAACACAAUAAUAAUCUUGAACAACAAGCCUAAAGACUCUUGUAUCACGACCUUUAUGCAUGUAGAUUACUUGAGUAAACUUUUUUUUAAAAGUG